AUGGUACCCGAGAACGUGGACAUCAUGGUGACACUCUAUCGGGACCCUCACGUGGAGGAAUACGAAGACAAAGAUUGGACUUUCGUGAUUGAAAACGAAUCCAAGGGGCAGCGGAAGGUCCUGGCUUCCGUGGACGUGAACCUCAAGCGCUUCGCCAGCCCCACGCCCACCCAGGUGGACCUGAACCUGAAGCUGAAGCCGCGGUCGGUGAAGGUGGUGACGGCCACGCUAAAGCUCACGCUCUCUUGCGUGUUCCUGCGCGAGGGGAAAGCCACGGAUGAGGACAUGCAAAGUCUGGCCAGCCUGAUGAGCGUCAAACCCUCUGAUAUCGGUAACCUGGAUGACUUUGCUGACAGCGAGGAGGAGGCGGCGGCAGAGGAAAGCUCAAAGCGUAGCCAGGAAGAGAACGGGGCGAGCCAAGGGGAUCCUCCUAAAGACACUUCACGGGAUCUGAACACUUUGGCCGAGGAAGAGGAGGAGACGUCUGCCCAGAGCACCACCCAGACCGGAUCAGGCCCUUCCCAGACCUUCAGGAAGGAAGCUGUUGCUGAGGUCCCCAAGCGAGCCGGUGAUGCCGUUGACGGCAGCCGCAAAGCCCUUGGGGAUGUCGCCUGUCCGGCGGCCGGGCCAAGCCCUGCUGUGCCCUUGGUGGCCGCGACACCCGUGGCAGUAAGUGGACCGGUGCGUUCUGGGCAUGUGGGGCACGGAGGGGCGAGCAGCAUGUGGCCGGGAGGAGCGACAGGCACCCCAAGAGGGCCGGGCGCUUCAAACCGUGCGACGGGCGCUUCUGGGAAGCUGGCAGAAUCGGGGGCCGAAGAGAAGGAAGAAGAGGGAUCCGAGGAGCCACAGGGACGGACGGCGGCGUGGAGCGACACUGAAGUUAGGCCUGUGGAUAUCUGGAGACCCAGAGAACAGAACCCCGUGUCUGCACCACGGAGGAAGAGGAGUCCCCCCAAGGGACUGGCUGAGCCCCCAGAUGCUUCUGUGUUGCCGUCAUUUGCACCUGGACCCGUCCCUGUGCGAAAACGCAGGUCGGAGAAGAUGCCGGAGAGGCACCCAAGCCCUACGCUGGAGGUGGCCAGGCCCAUAGAGGACCGCUCUCAUCCCACCGCUGUGUCCGUUGAUCCAAGUAGCCCAGCAAGGGAAAAACCUGACUGCAAGAGCCAGGCAGACACGCCUCCCUCUCCCGUUAAGCCUGAGAAUCCCAUGGUGGUGUGUUUUGUGGAGGAUCCGGCUCUCAUUGAACACCGCCCUGUUGUCAUCACCGGCGCAGAAGGUCCGACGGGGCCUUCUUCAGAAGCGGCGUUCCUGGCGUUGUCUCCCGUCAUGGGGCCGCCCCCCAGGGCAUGGGACUUUGGAGAACCGGCCCUGGGCAGCGUCCAGAGUGUAGCGGGCGAGCGAGCCUCGUUAGAAAUUGCGCCGGCGUUGAUGAGCGGCACUGCCCUGGGGGAACCAGUGGCGACGGAGUGCAGGGGGGAUGGCGGAGGGCUGGUGGGGCCUUCUGGCGAUGCCGAGACACCUUUAGUAUCCGUGGCUGACCCGGAGACGGGUGGGACGGAGGAGGAGUAUUUUGUGGUCGAGGAGGGGUCUGCGGCAGGAGAAACGUCCCCUCUGGAGCUCCGAGGUGAUCCAGAGAGGGAGCAGGUGGAGGGUGAAGUUUGUGGGGCCGGUUUUGAGGAGGGGGCUUGCUCAACGCCUCCUCCAGAGACCCCUCCGCAGCGGGAGGAACGUUGGGGAGAGAGCGAGGCAGACACGGAGCAUGGCCAAGUGUCUGAGGAGGCUGAAAAUCCUGCCACUCCGGCAAAUGUUUCCACGGAAGCGCUCCAGCAGCAGGUCCUGCUAGUAUCAGAGGAGAAGCUUGCAGGUGGUGGCAACCUUCGAACCUUGAUGGAGCCAUCGCUGCCCUCACCUGCAGAGGAGGGCAAGGCUGAGGGAGGUCUGGGGGAGAUGCCCGUCGCUGCCCUGCGUGGCCUGGAGACGCCUGGGGAAGCGGAGGAGGCAACGGCACUGGCCGAGAACAGCCGCCGAAGUCCGCUGGUAGGACCCCCGGCGCUUUUGGAGCCGGAAUUGGCGAAAGGAGAGGCCCGCGGCGGAAGGGAUGGGGAGGAAAGGAGAGCGUCUGGAGGUGACGUGUGGGAGGCGGAAGACAAGGAAGCUCCAAGAGAGGAGCACGUUGCGUUGGAGGAGGAAGUGGAGCGAGGCGAAGCAGAAGGAACCGGAGGGACACGGCAAGAAAACGUUUUGGAAGCCGUAGCGACGCAGGCCUGCGUGCCAGACACCGAGGGGAGCGUUGAGGAUUCGGGCCUAGCACGGCCGGAGUUUGAGGCCCCCGGCCGAAAAGGGCCGGGGAUCAGCCAAGAGGGGCCACAGAGUUCAGCCGGCUACGAAGAUGCAGGAGGCGAAACGUCACCCAGCGAAGCAGAGUAUAACUCGGCACCGGCAAACGCUGAGCAAGCGGCCGCCCCCCGCCCCCCACCGUCUCCGGAUUCUGCCCGGCCCCUCCCAGCUGCCUGUGCCCCCGAGGAGAGGAGCGCCAGGCCCUGCCAUGAAACCCCGGUGCUGUGCCCUGUGCCCUGCGGCCCAGCACUGGAUUCCGGAGCACAUGGGAAAGCCCAGGUUGACUCCUGCCUCAGCAGUCCGUCCCUCAUGAAUGCCAGCCAAUCCUUGCUGGAGUGGUGUCAGGAGGUGACGGCCGGCUACCGGGGCGUCCGCGUCACCAACUUCACGACCUCCUGGCGCAACGGCCUGGCUUUCUGCGCCAUCCUGCAUCACUUCCACCCAGACAAGAUCAAUUACGAAGCCCUGGAGCCGCUUGAUAUCAAAGAGAACAAUAAACUGGCCUUUGAUGGUUUUGCCUCGCUGGGCAUCUCCCGAGUGAUGGAUCCUGCUGACAUGGUUUUCCUGACCGUGCCCGAUCGGCUGAUUGUCAUGACGUAUCUGUGCCAAAUCCGGGCUUUUUUCACAGGGCAAGAGCUCAAUGUGGUGCAGCUUGCUAGCCACACUAGCCAAACCACCUACAAGGUGGGCAAAUUUGACACCGAUGCCUCUGGCUCCGUCGACCCUGCCGUCUUCUAUUCGCAGCACCUUCAAUUUGCUACCUCCCAGGCAGAACAGCCUGGGAGGCUGGACGCUGAGGACUCUGGGAAGCCACAGGCUUCGGUUACGGUCAUGGAGGGAGAGCAAAAAACGAAGGCGGAGGACACUGCCCCAAAGCAUUCUGGGAGCGAGGAGAAGGCAAGCGCUGCAAAGGAUUCUGGGAACGAAGCCGUAACAGAGGACCAGAUGGCAAAAGUCAGCCAUAUUGACUCUCUACAGGUUGUGGAACUGGAACGGGUCUCUGAGGUAGUGGAUGGUGCAGAGAAUGAUGGGAAAGAAGUUGUUGAUGGUGCCCUGGCCACGUCAGUUGGAGAACCUGUGUCGGAGCUGCUCAGAUCUGUGGGAAGUGCAAAGGUUGAUGCGAGGGCCAUGCCUGAGAGCCCCCCAAAUGGGCAGUCUUUCCCCAAGGACUCUAUGGUAGAGGCCUCAAAGCCUGAUGGGAAGGCAUUCGUUAAUGGCACCAUGGCUAAUUCAACCGUGGAAAAUGGGGCAGGUUUUCUGGGCCAAGUGGAUUCUGGGACUGAGGCCUCAAGGCCUGAUGGGAAACCAGUGACUAAGGGCACCCGGACCAUUCAGAGCGCUGAACCAGAGGAAGAGCUCCCUGAACCUAGGGACUCUGGGACGGAGACCUCAAAGACUGAUGAGAAGGCAUUGGCGAAUGGCGCCAUGGCCACUCAAAGCCCAGAACCGGAGGCUGAAAAGAAUCAUGGGGUGGAAGCUGCAAAGCAUGAUGGGAAACCGUUGGCCAGUAACGGUGAGAAGGUGGUCCCCCCUCCGCGGCUGAAGCGGCUUGCUUCCCGGGGCAGUGUGGAGCGCGUCUUGCAGCGGGCGCUCUCCACAGGGAGCCAAGUUCCCGUAGCCCCUCCCCGCUCCCACGCCGCCAAAUCCACCUUCGCCCACGUCCGCGACGCGGAUCUGGUGAAGAAGCGGCGCUCGCGGUUGAAGAGCGAGUCCUUGUCGAUCGAUGAACCGGACUCGGGCGACCCUGCCAAAAGGCUGGCUCCGGAUGAGGGUUACGAGGAAAACUCAAGGCCCCGGCAAGCAGCAGCAAAAAUGCAGCAGUACCCAGAUCUGGCCCAGGACUCCAACCUCAAGAACAGCACCAAUGAAGAAGAGAUCCCGAGAUUCCACGACACCAGCCAGUACGUGGUAGCGGAACUCCGGGCGUUGGAGAACGAACAGAGGCAAAUCGACGGCCGGGCAGCUGUGGUGGAGAAGGACCUCCGGAGCCUCAUGGAAUCAGGCACGGACAAGCUGAAGGAGGAGGAGUUGAUCCAGGAAUGGUUCACCCUGGUGAAUAAGAAGAACGCCCUGAUCCGGCGGCAGGACCAGCUGCAGCUGCUGAUGGAAGAACAAGACCUGGAACGGCGGUUUGAGCUGCUGAGCCGCGAACUGAGGGCCAUGAUGGCGAUUGAAGAGUGGCUGAAGACGGAAGUUCAGCAGCAGCGGGAACAACUCCUUCUAGAAGAGCUGGUGUCCCUGGUGAACCAGAGGGACGAACUGGUGAGAGACCUGGACAUUAAAGAGAGGAUAGCCCUGGAAGAGGAUGCCAGACUAGAACGUGGCCUGCAACAGAGGCGUCACAAGCUCAGCCGCAAGGAGAAGUGUCGUGUCAGCUGAGACAACUUCCUUCUCGUCUUCUCCUCCGAGGAAGGUGGCAAACGACAAGCACGUCUUCUUUUUUUUUGCUCCCGAAAGGUGACCCCUCCACCCCAGCCCCCAAAUCCCACCGGCCUUCAGAAGGGCACCCUAGCCUUGCCCACUUCCUGGCACCCAUUAUUACCCACAGUCCUCCAGGGCUCACGGCUGCUUGUCUGUUCAUGCCAAAGAGGGGGCAGUGGGUUCCCUGCCCCAGUAUGUCCGUCCGUCCAGAACUUCUCUUUUUCUCUCUCUCUCUCCCCGCCAUCCCGUUUCUGUGCCCUCUCCACAGACAGACGACAUUUUAAAGAGCAGGACCUAUAAACCCAGAGGUGCACAACUUCAGGCGGUCUGGGAGAUCAUCCACUCCCCCUCUCCGCACCGGUCCCCCGAAACGGGCACUUCGCUGCCGAAAUUCGGCACCCAACCGCUACAGAGACAUAAGGACGAAUUUGGCUCGAAAAGAAGUUAAAUUUGCCCUUAGCAAUCCUCUGUAGCUGUUGGCCUUUUUCUUUUGCAGAUUUUUUUGGGGGGUGGAAAGGGCUGAAUGCAGCCCUCCUCACCCCCCAAAACCCAGCUUGUAUGGGGAACAGAAAACUUUAAAAAAUUGCUCUCCAAACUAGGAACUAUUUAUUGCGUGCGUGUGUGCGUGUGUGUAUGUGUGGCCUUGUAUGCCUGCGAGCUGCUCCUUUGGGUUUGAAAACGGGUUCUUCUUCCCCUUCGCCUUUCCCAAUCAGGAUGCGGGCUUUAGAAAGUUUUGUGCGCUCUGUCUUUUACUUUAAUUGCAUUUUUUUUUUUUAAUGAUCAGUGUUUGUUGUCGAUGAUGGUACAAAAACUACCAAGUGCCUUUGAACACUCCUGCAACCCGAUACAAUAAUGGGCGGAUUUUGUUCCCAGUUUUGCACCUCUCCCCUGAACCUUUUGCGGUUAUUUGCACUAAAUUUGUACCGGAGUUUGAAAUAAAUGUAUCAAAAGACA